CUGUUUGUUUUGAAGCAUCGUUCUGAUAAAAAAUUAUUGAGUUAUGCAAGGGAAAUGAAGUACAUAGAAAAAGUGAUUAUCGAAAUGGCGGAAUUGGUAUUCUGUAGUUGGAAUGCUGGAACCUUCAUUUUGCUUGGCUGCUUUCCCGCGUAAAGUGAGCUCAGAGGUAUUUAAUGGCGUCAUGUAUCGCUGUUUGCGAUGAACUUGUGAGUCAUUUGAUGAGAUAACGCAGAAAAUAAUUAAGAAUGUUAUUCCAGUAACUUAUAAACAGUUUCCAAGUCUGCUACUAGAGAUUAAGUAAAUUCGAUCCUUCGGAUUUUAACUUGAUAUUGUGCUGUCACCAUGGAAACCACAAGUGUAGCCUUACAUUCUCUGAAUCCUCACAUAUCUUGCUAUAUCUGCAAAGGUUAUCUCAUUGAUGCUACUGCUAUAACAGAAUGUCUGCAUACUUUCUGCAAAAGUUGCAUUGUGAAACGUUUGGAAUUUGAGGAUGUGAACACAUGUCCCAAGUGUGAUUGCCUCAUCCAUCGCAGUAACCCCCUACUAGGAAUCAAAGCAGAUCGCACCUUGCAAGAUAUUGUGUACAAGCUUGUUCCUGAUCUGCAGUGCCGUGAAGUCCUGAGAGAGAAGAUCUUCUGUGAGAUGAAAGAUAUACCUUAUCCCAAACAUCACGACAUUGUCAUAAAGAACAAACAGCUGCAGGUUGUGGAUAGUGCUCCGCAGAGAGUGGUUGAUGCUGUCACGGACGACCGCGUCUGUAUACAACUAGAAACUAAGACCAGUGAGCUACAGCAAUUGCCUCGCAAAUACAUAUGUUGUUCUUCUUUCACUACCAUUGCCCAUGUCAAGAAACUCAUUGCUAAGAAGUUGUUCUGUGAUCUGGAGAAGUAUUAUACUGUGGACAUUUUGUGUAACGAUGAAGUUUUAGGAAAAGAUCAUACUUUGAAAUUCAUCUACGUCACUCGUUGGCGCUCGAAAGAACCUCCACUCAUGCUGUAUUAUCAGCCCCGCAUGAACUUGAUGAGCUUGAAUGUGACUCAGCAACUGAAUACUGAGUUAUGAUAAAACUUGCAAGAUAGAGAAAUUUUUAUAUUCAUGAUGAGAGUGUGUCAUUCCACAUACAAGUAAAUGAUCUGCUUACUGUAGGAUAUGAAAGAGUUGUUUUGAAUGCAAUGCUGGAAGGGAGAGGGGGUGCCCGGGAGAAAUUAAGGAUUUGCUGCUUUAGGAUAGUUAUAAUGUAGCUACAAUGUUUUCUAAGUUGGGCCACACCAUUCUCCGGUGGAAUUUUUCAAUCCUCCCAGAAAAAAUUUCAAUACCUAAAUUCUUUUCAGAGAAUGUUUUUCGGGAUAAAUGCAGAUAAAUUCAAUUCCGUGAUAUAAGCAUUCCUUUUUAUUACGUUCUUAGAAAGGGGAAAAAAAAUUCAUCCCUAGAUAUUCUAGUGUUAAUAUUUUAGUCAUACUUUUCUAAAUCAAUCCCAGGAUGCAUUUGAUCUGAAUUGCGACUUUUCAAUGAAAUGUUUUAUUUGAAAUUUUAUUAUAUGUAUAGAUUGUUCCUCUCAGUCAAAUAUUUGAACUGUAAAAUUCUGAUCAACUUGUAAAAUUAAAAUAAUUGUUGGAGUUCAAAAAAUAUUUGCUGCGUAAAUUGUCUAAAUUCUGGCAUGUCUAAGCAAAAACCAAGGGUCUGUCCAGGAUUUUUCACAGGGUCUGUUUCUUUUUGGAACAAGUCAAAUAAUUUUGCAAAAAAAAAAAUUUUUUUUUUUGCAAAAACAAUAGUUUAGAAUUUUGAGAUGGUGCAAACUGCAUUAUAGCUACUUAAAAGUUGAGUGUUUUCCCUCUUUUCUGUUGAGAAUAUCGUUCUUGAGUGUUUUUCGAGUAUUCAAGGGGGGGGGGGAGGCAUCGCUCUCUGGGAGAUGGGUAUCCCUUAAGCAUCAAUAUUUAUUUACCAUUCUAUAUACAUUAUGAUAAAUUAUACUAGAAAUGUUAUAUGUAUAGUAUUUAAAAUAAUUGUAACAAAGAAAUUCAGGCAGGUAUUCAGCAUUUAACUUUUUGAGCAGAGACACUGUUAAAGAUCACAGAAUUUUGUUGGAAACUUAUAAACUCCAUGAUUUUUACAAAAAUAAAAAAUAUUUUAUUUGUUUACCUCAUAAAAAAGCGUACUAAACAUCGAAAAAUCAGAUUCCCAUAACGGAUGCAAAGAGAUCCCCUCCCCUACUAUCCUUGGCAGUUCUAAGUUCAUUCUGCUGUAUAUGAUUGUCUAUUAAAUCAUGAGCGGGAGGGGGGGGGGAGUGCUUACAGCGCCUAUUCAGAGAAGGUUGACAAACAAGCAAAAUUAUAAACCAAACUGACUCUCAGCUCUUAACUUCUUUCAAAAAAAAACAACAAGCAUUAUAUGUUGUAUUGUAGUAAGUUACCCCGCCCUAAUGCCAGGGCUAACUGAGCUGGUGGUGUAUUUUAAGCAUUAUAUGAUUGUAGUUGUUCAUCGCUUGCAAGAGCAUCACAAAAGUGCUGGGUUUUUUUUUUUUUUUUUUUGCAAAAUUAGCAGAUUUUGUAUAAGUUGAUCCCUCUAAUUUAACUUGAAAAAAGGUUCCAAACUUUUACACAUGGAAAUAUGCUGCGUUAUUUUGAUUUGAGAUUUGCUCUUUCAAUAAAUAAUUUGUGAAAGAUUCAUUUAUCAGAAUUUUGUGAAGGGUCCGUCUUGGUUGAUUGGGAUUUUGUGAAAGGUCCGUUUUGGUUGAUCGGAUUUUUUGUGAAGGGUCCGUUAACGGACCCAAAUUUCCUCUGGUCAGACCCCUGACAACUUUCUAGUUUGUUGUUUUGAAACAGCUCCAAAAAAUGUUGAAUUUCUGCCCUUGAAAAAAAAACUUUAUAGCUCAAAAUUGUAAAAGAGAAAAAUUUUUAGUGGAAGACAUUUGAAGGCUUUUUUCUUUGUCAAUGUUGUUUUAUUAAAAAGAUGUAGUCUACUAAAGAUGAACAUGUAAAAGGGGAAAGAAUUCUGAAGGGGGACAUUGUUUAACUGACAGCUAAAAAUCAGGGUCCGGCAAAUAAUAAGCAACUAAAAAAAUACCCUGGCAACUUUGUUUCAGAAGCCAUUGUACACUGAAUAGUUCUUUUCUAAACUGUGAGAAAUAAUACCUGGUACCUAAAAAAAUUUCCCGAUUCCUUAGAUUUUACAAUUUUUGUCGUAUCUUGACUCAGAAUUAAAAAAUUUAACUCUCAAAGUUUUGUUUCUAUUCAUUAGUUAAAUAUGAAAAUCAUAUUUAUUAUUAGUUCAUUUACAAAAAAAUUUAUAUGCUCAAUAUUUCAUGCUCUCCCCUUCUCCCUUAUUGCUCUAAUUUUGAUCAGUUCCAGCUAAAUUUGGCGUCUCUGGUUCUUUGUGGGAAAGUUAAAGCAGGGAACAUGGAAAAGUUAGUUAAAGCAUUUUUAACACUUUUUCCAAAUUCGACUAAAAAAGGAAGAAGGUCAUUCUCAGUCCGACAGGUUUGUCAAUUGCACCCUCCCAUUUUGGUGCUCAUCAUCAACCCUGUGUGAAAGCUCCGUGUUUGAAAGUGGCGUUAUAAUUGAGCUUGAUUGGUGAAAUCAAAAUAUUUCUUACACUUGUGUGAUGUUACUGAUGUUGUAAACUGUUCAUCCAUGUUGUGUGAAGAUGCCUUGUAUUAUGAGCUUGCUGUUUACCAAUUGAAAAUUUUAUUUAUGAAAAUUUCUAUUGCCAUUUUUAAUUUUUGCAUAAA